AUGCAACCACCUAGAGGCAUUGUCGGCGUUUACAUGUCGCGCACUCCACUGCUUCGGACGUCGCCCGCGCUCGGCUCGUCCUCGUACGGAGCAGUGCGGAUUCCGCAAGUCGAGCCCGACGAACACAAUAGCAACAACAGUGGGUCGCGCGCGUCAUACGAAGAGAAUGAAUCUUCGGAUGAGCUGUCCCCAACGCAAAUACCUGCGUCGGGCGUUGAGGGCAGUCUGAGCGGUCCUUCUAACGAGGCGCAAGAAGAGUACUGGCGAUCGUCACAAUCGACCAAACCGUCACAGUCAUCAAGUCGGCAACAGCGAAGGAGGAGAAGCAGACGGAGCAGUGUGUUCCAAAGACAUGGACACAAUCGUCGGCCGUCUUCGGCAACAUCGGACGUGGGCUUCGGGCCGGAUUCAAAAUUCUCGUUCGCGACAGGGCUUGCGGUGCCGGAGAGCCCUGUGGUACCCGCGACAUUAUCCUCGUCGUCAAGUGUGAGCACAGACGACGAAGGCUUUCUGGAUGUUGACGACGAGGAUGCGAAACCAUGGGAUGAAGAUCCUCCAGAUAAUUCACCGUAUGCCCAAGUCCGCGCAAGCGUCCCGGCGACAGACGACAUUACUCUUUCAAUCAACACUCCGCGAAUGUGGACCCUUUCAUUGGUUUUUUCAUUGACUGGGUCGGCCGCAAACCUCUUCUUCUCUCUGCGCUAUCCGAGUGUCGCUAUCACACCCAUAAUUGCAUUGGUCUUGGUGCACCCUUUGGGCAAAUUUUGGGAUGUGCUUCUUAAGCGUGCGCACGACCCUGUUGAGGUGUUUGAGAAUGGCACACUGAGCCGUCGAGAGUUUCUGUCGGAUGACACCGCAACCGCCGAUCUACCAUGGCUGACCAGAUGGCGGCUCUGGUUUGGACAGGGACGAUGGAACGAGAAGGAGCAUGCUUGCGUGUACAUUAGUAGCAAUGUCUCUUUCGGGUUUGCGUUUGCCACCGAUGCUGACAGCCAGCACGAACAGGUCAUUGUUGAACAACACAAGUUCUACAACCAAGAUGUCCCUAUCCUAUAUCAACUUCUGCUUAUCAUCUCGACUCAGGUCUUAGGGUAUGCAUUUGCUGGACUGACUCGAAGAUUUCUGGUCCGCCCAUCCGCCAUGAUCUGGCCCGGUACCCUGAUGUCUACUGCCAUGUUUUCCACCAUGCACAAAUCUGCCAACAAAAAAGCCAAUGGCUGGAGUAUCUCUCGCUAUAAAUUCUUCAUCCUGGUGUGGGCGGCCGCUUUUGUCUGGUACUUUGUACCUGGUCUUCUCAUGCCGGCGCUCAGCUACUUCAAUGUUGUGACUUGGUUCGCACCCAAGAAUGUUGUGGUGUCAAAUUUGUUCGGAGUGGCGUCUGGACUUGGAAUGUUACCGUUGACUUUCGAUUGGGCUCAAAUUGCCUAUAUCGGAUCGCCUCUUCUCACGCCGUGGUGGGCAGCAGCCAAUAUCGUCACCGGUCUGAUAGUGGUCAUUUGGAUUAUUGCCCCAAUUCUGUAUUACAAAAACGUCCUUUUCUCCUCAUAUAUGCCCAUCUUGUCUACAACAGUAUUUGACAACACAGGUCAUCCGUACGACGUCAGUCGCAUUUUGACACCUGACUUUCUCUUUGAUCAGAAAGCGUAUGAGGAAUACUCGCCAGUGUAUCUUCCCAUCACCUAUGCCCUCUCAUACGGAGUGCAGUUCGCUGCGUUGACCUCUCUCGUUACCCAUACGGUCUGCUGGUAUGGAAAGGAUAUUUUGCAUCAAACUCGAAAAGCAUUUGAUGAACGGAAGGAGGUACCGGACUUUGAUGGCUACCAACCUCUGCCCUCGCAAAAUGGACAAGAAUCCCCGUCCCCACGGAGUACUGAGCCAUCCAGAGUGAGCUCCCAUGAUCCAAGCCGCGAGUUGCCCUUGGGAACUGAGGAUGUGCACUGCCGUCUUAUGCGGCGCUACGAAGAUGCUCCUCUUACGUGGUACUUGGUUGUGCUGGUCACAAUGCUGGUCAUUGCCACCUACACUGUUGAGCAUUACCCUGUGCACUUACCAUGGUACGGCCUCUUUUUGGCCCUUCUCAUCACAAGUAUAUUCUUCAUUCCGGUUGGUAUCAUUAUGGCUGUGACCAAUCAGCACAGCAGUCUUUACCUCAUUUGCCAGCUUCUGUGCGGCAUAGUCUUCCCUGGACGGCCGGUCGCCAACAUGAUCUUCGUGACCUACUCCUACAUAAGCUCAGCCCAGGGCAUUAAAUUCUCCUCCGAUCUCAAACUCGGACACUACAUGAAAAUCCCUCCGCGACUUCUUUUCUCCGUGCAGAUGGUAGCCACCUUGGUCUCGAGUCUGACUCAGAUCGGCGUGCUCAACUGGAUGUUUUCUUACAUCCCCGGUCUCUGCACCCCUCAAGCCCUGAACGGCUUUAACUGUCCCAUCGCCCGUGUUCACUUCAACGGCAGUGUUCUCUGGGGCGUCGUUGGACCCCAACGCUUCUUCGGUCCAGGGGGCUUGUAUCGCCCCCUCGUGUGGGCCUUUUUGAUCGGCGCCGUAGCUCCCUUCGCAGCCUGGCUCUUAGGUCGCCACAGCAAGAAGAGUUUCUGGCGCAAAGUCAACUUCCCAAUCCUGUUUGGCAGUCUCAGCUGGAUUCCUCCCGCGACAGGUCUGAACUUCUCCAUCUGGGCCCUCGUCUGCUUCUUGUUCAAUUAUGUGAUUCGGAGGAAGCGGACCGCCUGGUGGGAGAAGUACGCCAUGACUCUUUCUGCGGCUUUGGACUCGGGGCUCGCUUUUGCGGUGGUCGUCGUCUUCUUCUGUCUGGUAUACCCUGGCUUGGUCGAUGGGCUCAAGUGGUGGGGGACCGAGAUUUAUAAACAGGGUUGUGAUUGGACUGCUUGUCCUUACAAGCCGUUGGCACCGGGAGAGAAGUUUGGUACUUGA